UUUCGUCUGACAGGAAACAGUUUGACUGCUAGCAACAUUCUCCUCUCAGAAUGAAAUGCACAUGCGUUUGAGGUUCGAGGAGCAAUACUUUAGUUAGCAAGGUCUCGGUCAUUUACGGUUUCCCAUUAGCGGUGACAAAACAAAGACGAUGACACAGCCAGCAGACUCUAUUCUACACAGCGGUUACUUUCACCCCACUCUCCGAUACUGGCAGACCUGUGCUUCAGACCUCAGACCAGACAACCUCAUAUAUCCUAUCUUCAUUACUGACAGUCCUGACGCAGUGGAACCAAUUGCAAGUCUACCUGGUCAAGCGAGAUAUGGUGUAAAUAAGAUAGAGGGUUUACUUCGUCCCCUUGUGGAUAAAGGCCUGAAGUGUGUGCUGAUUUUUGGAGUUCCAGCAAAAGUUGCGAAGGAUGAGAGGGGCUCUGGGGCGGACACAGAUGACACUCCUGCGGUGCUGGCUGUGAAGAAACUGAGGAGCGCAUUCCCUGAUCUUGUGUUGGCCUGUGAUGUGUGCCUUUGCCCCUACACCUCUCAUGGCCACUGUGGAAUGCUGCGUGAAGAUGGCAGCUUGGAUAAUGCUGCCAGCUGUUUGAGGUUGGCUGAAGUAGCUCUGGCUUAUGCUCGAGCAGGAUGCCAUAUUAUCGCCCCUUCAGAUAUGAUGGAUGGACGAAUUGCAGCCAUUAAGCAAGCUCUAAUCGCCAACGAUCUUGGCAACAAGGUGUCAGUGCUGAGCUACAGUGCUAAAUUUGCCUCAUGCUACUAUGGACCAUUCAGAGAUGCUGCACAAUCUAAACCUGCUUUUGGAGACAGACGAUGUUAUCAGCUGCCCCCUGGUGCCAGAGGACUAGCACUGCGGGCCUGUGACCGGGAUGUGAAAGAAGGUGCUGACAUGCUGAUGGUGAAACCUGGAUUACCAUAUCUUGAUAUUGUGAGAGAGGUUAAGAAUAAGCACCCUACUCAUCCGCUGGCCGUGUAUAAUGUAUCAGGCGAGUUUGCCAUGUUGUGGCAUGGAGCUGAAGCUGGAGCUUUUGACCUGCGCACUGCAGUUAUGGAGGCUAUGACUGCCUUCCGUCGAGCAGGAGCUGACAUCAUUAUCACCUACUACACUCCACAAUUACUCACAUGGUUAACAGAGUAAUAUGUUAGUUCUCCUAUAUGAAUGAACUUGGAUAAUACCAAAUCUACUGUCUCACCCUGACACUGAAAAUUAAAUCUGAUAAGCAAAUAUUACUACACAAAUCAACAAAUCAACUUUUUCCGCAUUGUUUUUUUAAAUUUGAUUUAUGUAUCUAGAUAUAAACACAUUAAAUCAGCUUUGGUUUUUAUACUUUUCUCUAAUUUUGGCAAGCUUUGGUAUUUUUUGUAUGUUAAAUUGGUCAUUUAUUUCCUAAAUGUGUUUGAUUACAUCACAGAUUUGUUGUCAUUUUAAUGUGCUUGUAUAACACUGGAAAUAGACCUCUGGGGCCCGUUCUUCGUACGUCGCUUAUUAGAUCUGAGAUGAUUUGAAAGAUUCCAGAUCUUCUAAUCCUGAUAACUGAUCUCUGGCUAAUUUGGUUCUUCAAACGAAUUUGCGCAUUAGAUUAAAAUAUCUGGAUUAAGUUGUCUAAGAUUACUGCGCGUUCUCGUGUUCCCCAAAAAGGGCAGAUGUAUCGAUCCUCGAAACCAUGAUCAGCAAUGCAGCGAUUGGCUGGCGGCAAGACAGCAACAUAAUGACAUCAAUUCAUUAAAAAAGACACCUGACGAAAAACUUUCAACGUUUAUAAGGAAAAAGCCAAGCGAACAAAACUACAUAAAUGUUAUAGCCUAAUAGAUAAAUGAAAUGUGCACUGUUUUGAAUUUAUUUGUAAUUUUUUUUUUUUUUUUUUUUUUUGAAAUUUACAAUGAAAUUUAUAUUCAUGAUUUCUAGUAUUUGUACAGGCUUUACAUUUUACAACAUUACAUUUAAUGUUGUAAUUAGCAAUUAAUUUAAUUUCAUCUUUGAGGCAAAUUUCUUAUGUGACAGCAUUAAUUAAAGCUGUUAUUAAUUAAAGAUCCAGUUAUCUGCAUCUCCUGUACUCCAUCAAGCCACUCCCAUAAUAGCUGGCAUCACUCAUAUUAACGAUUCAGAAUUUAUAGCAUGUGUGUAAGACUCCAAUACAAUUAUAAAGUAAUUAUUUCAUCACUAAUAAAUUUUUCAAUGAGUAAAACUGGCUGUGUCUAUAGUAUUCUAGAUUACACAACAUCCUUAUAUUAUAUUAUUAUAUUAAUUUUUAAAUUAUUAUUAUUUUAAAUUAUUGUCCCUGGACCAGUAGGGUACUCUUGUAAUAAAGUAGCGGUGGCUAGGACAGCUUUUAAGUAUCAAUUCUGCUUAAAAAGAUGCGAUCUAAUCCUGUUUACAUGAAAUAAACCUGCUCCCGAGCAGAUUUAAGUUUACGGACCCGUUACUAUGACAGCAAGUCUAAGAUGAGCUUGGAAGAAACAAAUGAUCCAUGAUCAAGCAAAAUCGUCAACAAUCAAAUCCAGCUAAUUGAGUUAGCGACGUACGAAGAAUGGACCCCAGGUUUGUAAUUACAGCUGUUUAGUUUUAAAAUCAAUGUACUAAUAAUCACAUUAACAUAGGAAGUCCUGUUGGCAUUUCCACCAUAAGUUUUACAUUGUUUCAUGUAGUGCAUCUUCUAAAUGUUUAUGAAUAAAAAGAUAUGAAUAAAGCAAGAGGUACACA